AUGCCGCAGGAAAGGCUCUUCCCACACCUCACCGCGACGGGCCCGGCGCCCUCCUCGAGAGAGGUGAUGGCUGCUUACCGGACGGCCUUCAACGCCCGCAUUGCAGAAGGCUCUCUCCGACCGUUUGUGUUGCCAUACCAUCUGUACGGCAUGUUCCUCCUCGUUAUCUACCUCCUCAUUCCGCACACGAACAAUCGGGUUAUCUAUGAGGCAAGAUGGGUAGUGCUAGCGGUGAUUUGUGCCUGGCAGUGGAAGACAUUGGAGGAUGCGACAAGUGUGAGUAUGGCGACGGGCUUUGCAACGGGACUGAUAAGUGCUUGGGGUGUGGUGUGGGCUUUCACUUGGCUGGUGUGGAUGAAUCCACAGCGGGAUGCGAAGAGAGUUCAGAGGAGGAAGGUCGCUCCGAAAAUUGAACACAAUGGAGUGACGAAUGGAAGUGCUGGGGGCAAUAUGGGAAACCGCUCUGGAAUUUCGGUUCAGAAUGGAGAUGCGGAGAUCAGAAAGAGGACACAAGCAAACGGACAUGCCAAAGAAGAGCAAGGCAAUGGGCAUAUCUCAGCGAAGGAGGCUGCCAACGCCUUAGCUUCGAUAUCUGCCAGCGGAGGGGAGGCGGGCGUGGAAUAUUACUGGCAAUCCUACCCUUCCACCCUCCGAGAACGCUUCCCCUGGGUCAUCGACCUCCUGGUCAACUUCAGAGGGCCAGGCUGGAACUGGGCAAUCCCACCUCUCCCCGCUCUCCCUCCACACGUCAAAACACAAUUGGGAGAGAAUAUCGACGCUGCCUCCUGGACAGGAGUCUCCUCCAUCGGCCUCCGCAGAUUCAACACCCGCCGCGAACUGUUCUUCUCUCGAGUCCCACGCUUCAUACUCGGCUACCUCGCUCUCGACAUGCUAAAAGUCGUCAUGAAAACCGACCCCUACUAUACCUUCGGCCCCAACGCCUACGCCUUGCCUCCACACCUCCAAGGCCUCUCACCCAUGGCCCUCCGCUUCCUACGCCAACUCAUAUCCUCCAUCCCAAUCAUCAUCUCCCUCGAAAUGGUCUUUUACAUCGCCCCUCUCUUAAUUUCGCUCCUUUUCGGCCCCCGCGUCUUCGGUCUCCGUGCUGAAUCCUGGUACUACCCCUCAACAUGGGGCUCUUUCUCCAAUAUCUUGACCAAAGGUCUCAAUGGGCUGUGGGGGAGUUGGUGGCACCAGACCUUUCGCUUUGCCUUUUCUGCGCCAACAAAUUACUUCAUCCGAGAGGGAUACUUCUCCCCUAAAUCCACAACGGCAAAGAUCUCAGCUAUCUUCUUUGCGUUCGGGAUCUCGGGGUUUCUGCACUCUGGUGGAUCUAUUUCCCAGCUCCCGGAAACACACCCUACACACGCCACUAUAUUUUUCAUACUGCAAGCACUUGGGAUCCUUAUUCAAAGCACUCUCUGCUCCAUCUUCCAUCAUCAUAUCAAGAGGUUGCCAAAGUCCGUAAGGAAGGCUGGGAAUUUACUAUUCACCAUAGGCUGGCUCUUCGAGACGGGGUACUGGUUAACAGACGACUUUGCUCGCGGUGGGAUCUGGCUUUAUGAGCCGAUUCCGAUCAGUAUCUUGAGAGGAUUAGGAUAUGGUGAUGAAGGGGACAGCUGGUGGUGCUGGCAGCAUAUUGGAGUUGGGUUAUAUAAGGGACGACGAUGGUGGGAGAGUGGGAUUGCUCUUUGA